AUGUCUUUAAAUAAAACACACGAAAAAGCCCCAAAAGCUUCACUUUUAGGAAUAUCAAGUAUUUUACCAAAAGGAAGCGAAGAAUAUUGUCUUUUUGAUAGUGAAAACACGGAAUCUGAAACUAUAUAUGAUGAUAAUUUUGAAACUGAAAUUGAACAAGUUACUUUUUCUUUGGAUGAAGAAUAUUUAAAAAAAGUUAUUGAUAUAGAGGAUACAAGUGAAACAGAUAGUAUAUUUGACGAUGAUUCAAUUUCAGAAACAGAUUCGGAAGACAAUGAUAUAAUUAUUGAACAAAAAGCAUCUAAAAAUUUAACACGAUGUGUUAUUGUUGAUAAGAUCGAAGGCCAUAUUAAAAGAUGUGAAAAUUCAAAAAGUUUUCAAACAUUAUGGCAGCUUUGUGGUGUAUAUCAAAUAGAUGGGAAAAGCAUUGUUGAAGCAGAUGGUGUAUUAGAACGGCUAGGCGUUUGUAGUUAUCAUUUUAACAAUGAUCAAAAAAAUCUUCAUGAGCCGGACUUUAAACAAUUAAAAGACACAAGUCAAAGUGUACUUUAUCAAAAAAGAUGUUUAUUUUGUGAAAAACUUUAUUAUUUUUUUACACGAGGUACGAGAUGCGAGAAACAUUCAUGGAAGAUAAUUGAAAGGAAUGUUCAAGUGGUCUGUAAUGGCCAAUUUAAUUGUAGUGCGUUAGAACCAUACAAUUCUUUAUGUGAAUGUGCUUUUGAUAAAAUUAAAAAUCCUCGAUAUGAAAAUGUUCUUACGGCAAUUUUGCCACAAAUUAGUCCAUUUUUUAAUGCAAAAAAUAAAUCUACAAUGGUAUCACAAUUAGACAUAUCUAAUACACUCGAUAAAUCUCUAUAUUUUAAUCACAGUGCUCCAAGUUAUUUUAUAUUAAAAACAGUAAUGAAAUUAAACCAAAUUCCUAUCGAAUUUCAAGAAGAGGAGUUGAAUGAGCUAAAAUAUAAAGAAAUUGGCCGGGAAAUGGGACAAAAUCUAUGGCAAUCAUAUAAAUGUCUUAAAAAAAAUAUAAAUAACUUACAAACUCCAGAAAGUCUUAAUGAUUAUAUUAGUGUAUUUCCUGGGUCUUUAACAAAUUUUUUUGAGUCUAUGCUUACAACAAUAUUGGAAAAAAAGACCGCAGAAUCCAACCGAAAAUGA